ACUCUCAUCCGUCACAACAAAAAAUCGAAAAGUUUCGUUCGCGCGCCGGGCCCGGAAGAUUUCCAAUCCGCGCGUCGGUACCGUUCGUUCGGUCCUGGUUCCCGACCACGGAAGAUAAAUGAGUGAGUGUCCGUCAUCUUUCCGUCGGUGCCGGAGCUGUCGUCUGCGAUGACGAAACGUCGCCGCCAGCUGUAUGUGGUAGUGGUCUUUUUGCUGUUUCUGCUGCUGGCGAUCAUCUUCGUGGCGAACUUUUUCUUCAUCAACUGGUUGAGCGGCGCCGCGGUGGAUGACCGGCGGCCAUUGCCGGCACCGCCGCCGGAUGUGGCACACCGGAAGAACGAUGCCAUAGACGAUGAACAACAGCAUCAGCCACAUGAGGGAUUGAAGGCUAGUCGGGCGGAUGGCAUCCUGGGAGCGGUGCAGUUCCGGGUGGGGAAACUGAAAGCCGUGUUCCGGAAUCGAAAUCCGCGCUAUUAUCCGGUGAAGCGAGGACUGCUGCGGUCGUUUUCCGCCAAGAGCUACAACAUAUCAACCGUUUGGAAGACGGCCGGUACGUGGCCCACCGGAAAUGAAAUCUACCCGCAAAAAGAUGAACGUCUCGGCAAAGUCAUUCGAGCACUGCAGGAAGCACCGAUACUCUCGGCUAGGAAUACCCCCAGAGGUACCCAGUUGAAGCUUUUGUUCGACUUGGCCGGGAAACAAACCGUUCUGUUCAAACCUAGUUGGUAUCGGCGAGAUACCGUCAUUGAGGGUACGGUCUACUCGGGAAAAGACCGCCACAACUCGGAAGUGGUGGCGUUUCAUCUGGGCGCCGUACUGAAUCUGCGCUGGACGCCGAUCGUCGUGGGACGAAGGGUUUCACUGCAGGAAGUCUAUCGAUUAGCAGACGAUGAGCUGAAGGCGACUAUGAACAAGAAUGAUACUCGGCAGUGCGUUUACGGCAAAUGCCAUUACUGCAAACCAAGUGAAGCUGUCUGUGAUGAUCCGGAGACGGAUCAACUAGAAGGAGCACUGCUUCUGCUGGUGCCAGGAAAGUUUGCCAAAUACCGUUCACCGUGGCAACGAACCUAUCGGGAUGGCGUGCAAGCAGAGUGGGAACGAGCCGACGGAUAUUGUGGCAAAGUCAGGGAACGGCUUCCUUUGGACCGGCUGUUAGAUCUGGUUGAUGUAGCCAUUUUCGAUUUCCUCAUUCAGAACGGUGAUCGGCACCACUACGAAACCCGGGACGAUCGAAUUCUGCUCAUGGAUAACGGGAAAGGAUUCGGGCAUCCUUUCAAGGACCAUUUUGACAUACUGGCACCACUGUAUCAGUGUUGCAUGAUACGAAAGACCACGUGGGACCGUUUGCAAAUCUUUUCCGGAGGAGCCCUUACAGAAACGCUUCAAUCGUUGAGUGAAAUAGAUCUGCUACAUCCCCUGCUGACCAAAGACCACUACUACGCCAUAGAGCGACGGUUACUACUCAUCUACACAACCGUUGAAAUGUGUCGCGAAAAGUACAAUAGCAAAAUCUUCAAAUGACCAGUCGUUUUUUUGUUGACUUUCUUUCCAAUAAACUUUUUAAAACUCUUA